GAUUAUCAGCAGCGGCGCAGUGUGGGGUGCGCCGUUUAGGUCGUGCACGUCCUUUGCUCGCCGGCUCGAAGUAAAAUAAUUUCUCAUAAUUUCCGUUCGCUACUCGUUGUGAUAAGGGACGGCGGUCACCUGAGAGUGGGGACUCGCGGUGCAAACACCGUUUAUAAGUCCAUCGGUGGUGCGAGCCGCACUUUGUUCUUCUUCUUUUCACUGCAGAGUCGCACGUCGACUCUUUCCUUCUCUCUUUUCUCUGGACGCAAUAAUGGCCGAGGGGUCGUUCAUAGUCGGGGGUUGGUUCGGCGCCACCCUGCAGGUCAUCAGCCUGCUGGUCAUCGCCUACUUCAUCCUCAAGUUCUUAAGGUUGGCGCUACGGAGACUCUACGUGUCCAUCAUCGGACCCGCCCUCGGACGCAACACAAAUUUGAGGAAAAUGGGACAGUGGGCAGUCGUUACGGGCUCCACUCAAGGAAUUGGAAAAGCUUACGCAGAAGCUUUAGCCAAACAAGGAAUUAAUGUGGUUCUUAUCAGCAGAAGCCUUGACAAGCUGCAAGCAUUAGCAGCUCAAAUUGAGGCAAAGUAUCAGGUCCAGACUAAGGUCAUCGAUGUAGACUUCACCGAGGGCCCAGCCAUUUACGAAAAAAUAGAGAAAGGACUGUUUGACCUUGAGAUUGGGGUGCUGGUCAACAACGUUGGCAUGAGCUACCCCUACCCUGAAUACUUCCUCGACGUCAAGGACAGCAGACAGGUUUUCACCAACCUGAUCCACUGCAACAUCACCUCGGUCACGCACAUGACCCACGUGGUGCUGCCGCAGAUGGUCAAGCGCAGGAGAGGGGUGGUCAUCAACGUCUCCUCCACCACCGCUCUCAUCCCGUCACCCCUUCUGAGCGUCUACAGCGCCUCAAAGGCAUUUGUUGACAAAUUCACUGAGGAUUUGAGGAUAGAAUACGCAAGCAAGGGAAUUGUAAUCCAGUGCAUUCUGCCUGGCUACGUGGCCACCGCCAUGAGCCGCAUCAAAAAGUCCACCUUCAUGGCGCCCUUCCCGGACAAGUACGUCGGCCACGCCAUCACCAGCAUCGGCCUCGAGGACAGAACGACUGGCUACUGGCCCCACAAUCUUCUGAUAAUGGUGGUCGACUUUAUCAAAUGCAUCCACCCGAAAAUGGCGUCCAACGUGAUUCUGAGGACCAUGGAGAACAUUCGCAAGAGAAUUAUUGCCAGGGGCGGUUAAUCUAGCAUUGUAUUUUGUAGUCACAUUUUUCAAUCAAAAUAAGGAGAAAAAGCUUCGUUUUUAUUUGGAACAGUCAUUUUUCACUUGUUAUCAUUUGUUACUUUUUUAUGUUAAUUGUACAAAAGUGGAAGUUACCCAGUUAUAAAAAAAAGUGUAAUAGCUUUUAUUACAGAAAUUAUAUUGAGCUGAACUUUUUGGUUUUGCGUAUUGCUUGAAAGAAAUAAUAAUAAAUUCAACUGAAAAAAAAACAGUUGAACUGCAUGAAAUCUUCUAAUUUACUAUGGGUGUUUUAUUGAGUGCAAAAUAUAAUGUAAUUUGACCUAUU